CAUUUUUCAAUAUUUGACAAUGUUUUACCCCUACCCCCAUUAAGAAAUGACACGCUAAAUCUUGUUUUAUCUGACAAAUUAAUCUAAAAAAAAAUCCGCGAAACUGCAUAUGUCGUCAUUUUCUCCAUCUUACGUCAUUUGACGUCAAAUUUCCUUCACACGUAAACAUUUAACGGAUUGAUAAAAUGGAUCCACAUGGAAGUAUUGAGAGACAUAAGGGGAGAUUUGUUAAGAAAGUGUUGAAGAAAAAGUCAGAUUUUUUAAAAACUAGUAAUAAACUGAAACAUUCCUGUGAUUACGGACAUGUUCCGGAAAGAAGAAUUGUAGAUAUGAAAUAUUUUGGCGAGAUAUUUGAUAAAGGGUGUAAAUCAUGUAAACGACAUUUCUUAUUCAAGGAUAUCAUCGCAGAAAACAUUUAUGGACUUUGUUCAUUAGUGAAAUUUAAGUGUUCAAAAUGUCGACAGGAAACUACAAUUUCUACAUCGAGGGCUUCCGGAGAAACUGAUAAGACUUUGACAAAAUCUCCGUACUCAGUUAAUCUGAAAGCUGCAAUCGGGAUGAUCCACGCUGGUAUAGGAGAAACACACAUGAAUGGCUUUCUUGUGACAUUAGGGAUACCACCAAUACACCAUAAAACAUUGAAAAAACAUGAACAGAAAGUUGGAAAAGUUAUGGUGGAAAAUGCACGAGAUUCAUGUGCCCGUGCGUGCGAAGAGGAAAAGGCGGCAUCGCAAGCUUGUAUGUUACCAGCGACUGUCACAGAACGAGGUGAUGGCGAUAACAUAAGAGACACGUUCCUGCAUGAACCAAAUACUGAUCGGGUUGCAGCAGACGACAAAGAGAUCUACGCAGCAGAUGACACCGACACUGAUCAAAUAACUUUUGAUGAGACAAUGGCUAUGUUAGAAGAAUAUGACUAUGAUAUUAGACAUGUGAUAUAG